UCUCUCCCUGCAACCUGAUCGAUCCUGCUUUGAUGAAACACACACAAACUCUACACUCUCCAGCUACCAAUUAAUUAAGCUUAAACAUGCCUUUCAAUAUAACCUCCAUCAAAACCUCCUCAAAUGGAGUCUGGCAAGGCGACAAUCCCCUUGACUUUGCCUUCCCUCUCCUAAUCAUUCAAACAACCUUAAUCCUCGUCGUCAGCCGCUUCCUCGCCUUCCUCCUCAAACCCCUCCGCCAACCAAAAGUCAUUGCUGAGAUAGUAGGUGGAAUUCUGCUGGGACCGUCCACGUUGGGAAGAAACAAACAGUACUUGCACCGGAUAUUUCCGUCAUGGAGCACUCCGAUACUUGAAUCUGUGGCAAGUAUUGGUCUCCUUUUCUUUCUAUUUCUCGUAGGACUUGAACUCGACCUAAGCUCGAUUCGUCGCAGUGGCAGAAGAGCAUCUGGGAUAGCAGCCGCCGGAAUCUCCCUCCCUUUCAUAUGCGGCAUCGGCGUCGCAUAUGUCCUCCGAAAAACCGUCGACGGAGCCGACAAAGUCGGUUACGGCCAAUUCCUCGUCUUCAUGGGAGUCGCGCUCUCCAUAACCGCCUUCCCAGUCCUCGCGCGCAUUUUAGCAGAGCUCAAACUGUUAACCACCCAAGUGGGGGAGACAGCCAUGGCCGCCGCAGCUUUCAACGACGUCGCUGCAUGGAUCCUGUUGGCUCUAGCCGUGGCACUCGCAGGCGACGGUGACAGCGGCAACCACAAGAGCCCCUUGAUAUCAGUCUGGGUCCUCCUCUCCGGAGCCGCAUUCGUUGCCUUCAUGCUGAUCGCCAUCGGACCCGCCAUGAAAUGGGUCGCCCGCCGCUGCUCUCCGCAGCACGACGUCGUCGACGAAGCGUACAUCUGUUUGACGUUGGCCGGAGUACUGGUUGCCGGGUUUAUCACCGACCUAAUCGGAAUCCAUUCUAUUUUCGGAGCCUUCGUCUUCGGAUUAACAAUCCCAAAAGGAGAAUUCGCCGACAGAUUGAUAGAAAGAAUCGAGGACUUCGUCACCGGCCUUCUUCUUCCUCUAUACUUUGCGUCAAGCGGGUUGAAGACCGACGUGGCCAAAAUAAACGGUGCGAGGGCUUGGGGUCUUCUGGGGCUCGUCAUAUCCACCGCUUGCGCCGGUAAAAUUCUUGGGACUUUUGUGGUGGCCAUGAUGUUUUUGAUUCCACCCAGGGAAUCCCUCACUCUGGGUGUGCUCAUGAAUACCAAAGGCUUGGUGGAGCUCAUCGUUCUCAACAUUGGCAGAGAGAAGAAGGUGCUCAAUGACGAAACAUUUGCUAUUCUAGUUCUCAUGGCACUCUUUACCACCUUCAUUACAACUCCGACAAUCAUGGCCAUCAACAAACCAACACGUGGCGUCUCCACCCGCACUCACCGGAAGCUGCGUGACUUGACCUCCUCGCCGGACUCCAACGACGAGCUUCGCGUUCUCGCCUGCGUUCAUGGCCCUGCAAACGUACCCUCCCUCAUCACCCUCAUAGAGUCCACCCGGCGCACCAAGAAGUCCCUUCUGAAGCUCUUCGUCAUGCAUCUCGUGGAGCUCACCGAACGAUCCUCUUCCAUUAUCAUGGUCCAGCGUGCCCGCCGGAACGGCUUUCCCUUCUUCAACCGGAUUCGUCGCGGCGACUGGCACGACCGAGUCGCCGUUUCAUUCCAGUCCUACAAUCAACUCGGACGAGUUAGUGUCCGCCCCACAACGGCUAUCUCCGCCUUGUCUACUAUGCAUCAGGAUAUUUGCCACGUGGCGGAGGAUAAAAGGGUGACGAUGAUCAUCCUGCCUUUCCACAAACAGUGGAGAGGGGAGGGCGACGAGACCGAGGAGAAUGUGGGCCACGACUGGAGAGGAGUAAAUCAGAGGGUUCUGAAGAAUGCACCGUGCUCGGUGGCUUUGCUUGUGGACCGUGGAUUUGGCACUGAGGCCCAGACUCCAUCGCCCACUACCUCUGUGGCCCAACGGGUUUGCAUAAUCUUCUUUGGUGGGCCUGACGAUCGGGAGGCCUUGGAGUUGGGUGGGAGGAUGGCGGAGCAUCCUGCCGUUAAAGUUACCGUUAUAAGGUUCGUUGAGAAGGAAGGAAAAGAGAGUAACAGCGUGAUGUUGCGGCUCGCAUCAAGCGGGGCUAGCGAGCAGAACUACAGCUUCUCCACCGCUAAAAUGAACCGCGAGACAGAAAGAGAGCUAGAUGAGACAGCAAUUGCAGAGUUUCGGGGCAGGUGUGAUGGGAUGGCAGAGUGCUCAGAGAAGGUGGCAAGCGACGUCGUUGAGGAAGUAUUAGCGAUAGGGCGGAGCGGGGAGUACCAUCUUAUAGUUGUAGGGAAGGGCCGGUUCCCUUCAACAAUGGUUGCUGGAUUGGCGGAGCGGCAACCGGAGAAUGCGGAGCUAGGGCCUGUCGGAGACAUAUUGACGGCGUCAGGGCACGGCGUCGUUUCUUCAGUGCUUAUUAUUCAACAGCAUGAUGUUGCACAUGUAGAGGAGGCUCCCGUGUCGAAGGUGUUGCCCGCCCGGAACACGGCCGAUGAAUCAUCGACAUCGACAAGUGUACGAGAUAUUUCAAACGAUUUUGUGUGAUCAAAACAAACCUCAAUAGUAUGGGAUUUGGGGUUAUUGUUGUAAAUUUCUAUUUUUAUUUUUAUUUUUUAAAUGUCUAUUGUAUUAUAUAUGCUUCUUUGUUUUUCCCCUCAAAAUAUUUUUGGAACUUACGAUAAAUGCAAAAGAUUAGAACAUUUAGAUGGGAUUUCUUUAGUUUUAAAGUGAUUCGAGUGCUGUUCGACUUGGGAUUGCU